AUGGACCCCGAUGGCCCCGCUCGGCGGAUAAGGAUGGUCAACUACAGCCACCCAGAUACACUCUCAUCCCUACUUUCUUUGCUGCGCCAAUACCAAUCUAUUGAUGACGCAGUGCUUUUCUGGGCGGCUGUAGUGAACAACAACGAGGAUAUAGUGCGCUAUCUGGUCAGAAACGGUGUGGACGUUGAACUACGGUAUCAAGGCAUGACUCCUUUACACACUGCCAUCCUGCACAGCCGAGUCAAUAUUUUCGAAUUCCUUCUUGAAAAUGGUACCGAUGCAGGAGCCACUACCUCAAAACGAAGACUCUCAACACUUCGCAUGCUCUUCUGGACAGUCAAGCCUCGAAAGACUGAAUCUAUGAUGCUCGAUAUUCUGUUGCACCAUCUUGGCGGUAGUAUCGUGCCCUAUUGCCAUACACGACCGUCGAUCCUGUGGUUAGCCCGCUACACCUGGCUGCUAUGA